AUGGCAGGCUUAAAAACUGAUGUCGACUUUAGCGAGAGCCGGGCUGUCGAGGUCAAUGUCGUGGGCUGGGUCUUUACUGGGAUCGCCAUCGCGACGGUGGGCUUGAAGGUGACUGCCCGCCAUAUGGUGAGGAGGCUUGGGUGGGAUGACUUCUUUAUCUUCUUCUCGACGGCCUUGAGCAUUAUUGCUGCCGCGCUGGUCUCGUACGCUGUGACUCUUGGUCUGGGCCGGCAUACGGCUGCUGUUAUGGCAGAGCAUGGAAUGGAGCGAGUCAGCCUCACUGCCAAAUGGCAGAUUCUGGGAUACCCCUUUAACAUCGGCUCCUUCAGCUUCCCCAACAUCUCCAUCGCAAUCCUCAUCAACAACCUCCUCGACCCAAACCCACUGCGCUCACGCCUCCUCCUCGGCAUGUCCAUCCUGCAGGUCGUCUUCGCCAUGAUUUCCGUCUUCCUUGUCUUUCUGCAGUGCAAGCCCACCGCUGCACUGUGGGACCACACCAUCCAAGGCGACUGCUGGCCCGAGUCGAUCUUCUACGACUUUUCAUACUUUGUCAGCGCGUACACGACCCUGACGGACAUCAUCCUAGCGAUCAUCCCGGUGUCUGUCUUCUGGAAGCUGCAGAUGCCCCGGUCCACGAAGAUCGGGGUCUGCGUUAUGAUGAGCCUGACGCUGCUUUCGGCUAUUGUGACAAUCGUCAAGGCGACAUAUCUGCCCUUGUUUACCAAUAAAGAGGAUCCUCUAUACAACGUCACCCCCCUCGUAGUCUGGGGCCUAAUCGAACAAAACGUCGUCAUCGUCGCCGCAUGCAUCCCAACCCUACGCCCCUUCUUCCGGCAGGCAUUCGGCUCCAAAGGCUCCUCAAACAACUCCUCGACCGGCCGGUCCGGCGGGUCUGGAUUCAAGCUAUCGUCGAAACCGCGGCCGAAGCGUCUCAUCUCGGCGACGGAGCUCGCGCUCGAGGAGACGCAGAAUAACGAGACGCAGUUCGAUGCCGAGACUGGGAGCAAUGAUAGCGGGAAUAGUCGGCAGGGGAUCUGGCAGACCAGGGAGGUGAUUGUUGAGACGGACGAGGGUCCUGAGAAUAAGCGGUUGAGUGACUUUAAGAAGGUUGUGCCGUCGAAUAUGCGGUGA